ACGGACGGGAGCGGGCGCGCGUCUGAACUGAACCCGUGCUGCUCCCCACCCGCCGGCCACCGUGCUCCACCACCGAUGGCUCUGCCGCCGGCCGCAGGGGCGCCGGCGGUGCCCUUCGCUGCGCAGCCGCGCGGCCACGGCCUCCGGCGGCCGGCGCCUCCUGGUGCGACGCUGCGGCUCGGGCCCCUCUUCUGGCCGUGGGAAAAGGUGAAAGUUGGCCCCCUUUCUGUUUCCCCCAUGGGCUUUGGAACGUGGGCCUGGGGAAACCAGCUUCUUUGGGGCUAUCAAGAAAGCAUGGACAGUGAACUUCAGGAGUGCUUUAAUCUGGCUAUGAAAAAUGGCAUAAACCUUUUUGACACUGCUGACUCUUACGGAACUGGAAAGCUGAAUGGACAGAGCGAACGCCUACUCGGUAGAUUUAUACGUGAGUUUGAAGGGCCGAUUAAAUCUCCGGACGAUGUGGUCAUUGCAACAAAGUUUGCUGCAUAUCCUUGGCGACUUACAUCGGGCCAGUUUGUCGGCGCCUGCAAAUCUUCUUUGGAAAGGUUGCAACUGGAUCGGCUCGGAAUUGGACAACUGCAUUGGUCCACUGCUAACUAUGCACCUUUGCAGGAGCGUGCUCUCUGGGAUGGUCUAGUUGAAAUGUAUGACAAGGUCACUGUACUUGGAAACAUACACAUCAUGUAUCAUGCCAUGUCAUCAUUUCAAGGUCUCGUUCGUGCUGUUGGUGUCAGCAAUUACGGGCCAAAGCAGCUUCUGAAGAUCCACAGCUAUCUAGCUUCUAAAGGUGUUCCGUUGAGCUCAGCUCAGGUUCAGUUCUCGCUACUGAGCAUGGGUGACGAGCAGAUGGAACUGAAAACCGUGUGUGACUCAUUGGGCAUUCGUGUCAUUGCGUAUAGUCCGCUUGGAUUAGGGAUGCUGACUGGAAAGUAUGAUGCUUCUAACCUUCCAAAAGGACCAAGGUCUGUGUUGUUCCGGCAAAUUCUUCCUGGAUUAGAGUCUUUGCUGUCCUGUCUGAGAAGGAUUGCAGAAAAGAAGGGGAAAACCAUGUCUCAGGUGGCCAUAAACUGGUGCAUCUGCAAAGGCGCGAUUCCCAUCCCAGGCGUGAAAACGGUCAGGCACGUCGAGGAGAAUUUGGGCGCGCUCGGCUGGAGGCUGAGCCCUGCUGAGAUCUCAGAUCUCGAGUCCGCGGCGAUGGCGGCUCCGAAGAAAAUGAUCCAGAACGUCUUUCAGACUGCCUGAUCAUGUACAGGGAUAUGAAUGAAUCUCAGUACCAAACAUCACAGAACCAUGUACAGAUAAAGAGCUGCAUGUAUAUCUUCCUGCAAGAAGUUCAGAUUAAGCAGCACACUAGCUGAUUACACUUAUUCAGGUCCGUUUCCAGGAUCCCCCAGAGACGAAGCGGCUUACACUAUCCAUCUGAACCGGAGGGGUCAGACGGUGUUUAA